AUAAAGGGAAGGGGGGAAAACAUCAAAUCUAUGAUUGGACCUGGGCUUCUUUUUCGCCAAUGCAAAAAGGAAUAUGCAGCACAUUUUUGCCUUCUUCUGCACCGGUUUCCUAGGCGCGGUAGUAGGUGCCAAUUUUCCCAACAAUAUCCAGAUCGGGGGAUUAUUUCCAAACCAGCAGUCACAGGAACAUGCCGCUUUUAGAUUUGCUUUGUCGCAACUCACAGAGCCCCCAAAGCUGCUCCCCCAGAUUGAUAUUGUGAACAUCAGCGACAGCUUUGAGAUGACCUAUAGAUUCUGUUCCCAGUUCUCCAAAGGAGUCUAUGCCAUCUUUGGGUUUUACGAACGGAGAACUGUCAACAUGCUAACCUCCUUCUGUGGGGCCCUCCAUGUCUGCUUCAUUACGCCGAGCUUUCCCGUUGACACAUCCAACCAAUUUGUCCUUCAACUGCGCCCUGAGCUCCAGGAUGCCCUCAUCAGCAUCAUCGACCAUUACAAGUGGCAGAAAUUUGUCUACAUUUAUGAUGCCGACCGGGGUUUGUCAGUCCUGCAGAAAGUCCUGGACACAGCUGCAGAGAAGAACUGGCAGGUGACAGCAGUGAACAUUUUGACGACCACGGAGGAGGGAUACCGAAUGCUCUUUCAGGACCUAGAGAAGAAAAAGGAGCGACUAGUCGUGGUGGACUGUGAAUCGGAACGCCUCAAUGCUAUCUUGGGCCAGAUUAUAAAGCUGGAGAAGAAUGGCAUUGGCUACCACUAUAUCCUUGCAAAUCUGGGUUUUAUGGACAUUGACUUAAACAAAUUCAAGGAGAGUGGAGCAAAUGUGACAGGUUUCCAGUUGGUGAACUACACAGACACCAUCCCAGCCAAAAUCAUGCAGCAGUGGAAGAACAGCGAUGCUCGAGACCACACCCGGGUGGACUGGAAGAGACCUAAGUACACCUCUGCACUCACCUACGACGGGGUGAAGGUGAUGGCUGAAGCUUUCCAGAGCCUGCGGAGGCAGCGAAUCGAUAUAUCCCGCCGGGGGAAUGCUGGGGACUGCCUGGCGAACCCAGCUGUGCCCUGGGGCCAAGGGAUCGACAUCCAGAGAGCUCUGCAGCAGGUGCGGUUUGAAGGCCUGACAGGAAACGUGCAGUUCAAUGAGAAAGGACGCCGGACCAACUACACCCUCCAUGUCAUUGAAAUGAAGCAUGACGGCAUCCGAAAGAUCGGCUACUGGAAUGAAGAUGAUAAGUUUGUCCCUGCAGCCACGGAUGCUCAAGCCGGAGGGGAUAAUUCAAGUGUUCAGAAUAGAACAUACAUCGUCACUACAAUCCUAGAAGAUCCUUAUGUGAUGCUCAAGAAGAAUGCCAACCAGUUUGAGGGCAAUGAUCGCUACGAAGGCUACUGUGUGGAGCUGGCGGCAGAGAUUGCCAAACACGUGGGCUACUCCUACCGUCUUGAGAUCGUCAGUGAUGGAAAAUAUGGAGCCCGUGACCCUGACACAAAAGCUUGGAAUGGCAUGGUGGGAGAGCUGGUCUAUGGAAGAGCCGAUGUGGCCGUGGCCCCUUUAACUAUCACUUUGGUCCGGGAAGAGGUGAUAGACUUCUCCAAGCCAUUUAUGAGUUUGGGGAUCUCCAUCAUGAUAAAAAAGCCACAGAAGUCCAAGCCGGGGGUCUUCUCCUUCCUUGACCCUUUGGCUUAUGAGAUCUGGAUGUGCAUCGUCUUUGCCUACAUUGGAGUGAGUGUCGUCCUUUUUCUGGUCAGCCGCUUCAGCCCCUAUGAAUGGCACAGUGAAGAGUUUGAGGAAGGGCGGGACCAGACAACCAGUGACCAGUCCAAUGAGUUUGGGAUAUUCAACAGCUUGUGGUUCUCCCUGGGAGCCUUCAUGCAGCAAGGAUGUGACAUUUCUCCCAGGUCCCUGUCUGGUCGCAUUGUUGGUGGCGUCUGGUGGUUCUUCACCUUAAUCAUCAUCUCCUCAUACACAGCCAACCUGGCUGCCUUCCUGACCGUGGAGAGGAUGGUGUCUCCCAUCGAGAGUGCCGAGGACCUAGCGAAGCAGACGGAAAUCGCUUACGGAACACUGGAAGCAGGAUCCACUAAGGAGUUCUUCAGGAGGUCUAAAAUCGCUGUGUUUGAGAAGAUGUGGACAUACAUGAAGUCAGCAGAACCAUCAGUUUUUGUGCGGACCACAGAGGAGGGGAUGAUUCGAGUGAGAAAAUCCAAAGGCAAAUAUGCCUACCUUCUGGAGUCCACCAUGAAUGAGUACAUUGAGCAGCGGAAACCCUGUGACACCAUGAAGGUGGGAGGUAACUUGGACUCCAAAGGCUAUGGCAUUGCAACGCCCAAGGGGUCCGCCCUGAGAGGUCCCGUAAACCUAGCGGUUUUGAAACUCAGUGAGCAAGGCGUCUUAGACAAGCUGAAAAGCAAAUGGUGGUACGAUAAAGGGGAAUGUGGAAGCAAGGACUCCGGAAGUAAGGACAAGACAAGCGCUCUGAGCCUCAGCAAUGUGGCGGGCGUGUUCUACAUCCUGAUCGGAGGACUGGGCCUAGCCAUGCUGGUUGCCUUAAUCGAGUUCUGCUACAAAUCCCGUAGCGAAUCCAAGCGGAUGAAGGGUUUCUGUUUGAUCCCACAGCAAUCCAUCAACGAAGCCAUACGGACAUCGACACUCCCCCGGAACAGUGGGGCAGGAGCCAGCGGUGGCGGUAGUGGAGAGAAUGGCCGAGUGGUCAGCCACGACUUCCCCAAGUCCAUGCAAUCUAUUCCCUGCAUGAGCCACAGUUCAGGGAUGCCCUUGGGAGCCACAGGAUUAUAAC